GAACUUUAUUAGCUUCGAGAUUGAAAGGAAGUGAAAAUAAUGGGGGAACAGGGACAAGUAUUCGCCAUCCACACUGUUGAGUCCUGGAACGAACAGCUCGAGUUGUCUAAAGCCACAAAGAAACUGGUGGUGGUGGAUUUCACAGCUUCGUGGUGCGGGCCAUGCCGUUUUAUGGCACCAAUCCUGGCUGAUCUUGCUAAGAAGCUGCCUCAUGUCACAUUCUUGAAGGUGGAUGUUGAUGAAUUGGAGCCUGUGGCUCGGGAAUGGGGAAUUGAUGCAAUGCCAACUUUUAUCUUCCUGAAGGAAGGCGAAAAAAUUGACGAGCUUGUGGGUGCAAGUAAAGAUGACUUGCAGCAGAAGAUAGACUUGCAUUCUUCUUCCCCGGUGCAGACUGAUUGAAUCAUUUAAAAUAUUUUCUUAUAAAAUGUCCUUCUCUCCAACAGAAGAUAUUAAAUAAUUUGUGUUUGUAUUUGUAUUUGGCUAGUCUUCUUUUCUCCUUGUUUCUAUUUGAACCCUAAGUUACAUUAUAUAUUGUUGGAGUCAAGUAUAGAUUAUGAACAUAAAUUAUAAAAAUAAUAAUAAAAGUAUUGUCUUAUAUUUGAACCCGAA